UUCUUUUCCUCGAUGCCUAAAGUACGCACUCUCCGCUCGAAAAAAGCACCAGAGGGUUGGGAUGAAAUAGAAGCAACGUUGAUGGAAUUGGAUAGGAAAAUGAGAGAUGCUGAAAACGAGCCCCAUGAGGAUAAGAGGAAAACGGAGCUCUUGUGGCCGAUACACAAACUCAACCAUCAACGGUCAAGAUACGUGUUUGAUAUGUAUUAUAAAAAGAAGGCAAUUUCAAAGGAGCUCUUCAGAUAUUGUCUCGAGGAGGGCUGGGCUGACAAACAGUUAGUGUACAAGUGGCGGAAGCCUGGCUACGAUCAGCUAUGUUGCAUGCUGUGUUGUCAGUCUACCAAUCACAACCAGGGAACGACGUGCAUUUGCCGAGUACCACGAAGUCAACUUGGAGAAGGGAAAGUUGUGCAGUGUGCUCAUUGUGGAUGCAGAGGAUGUGCAUCUGGAGAUCAAUAAGACCGUAUAAUACAACACACGUUUGA